AUGGGCAGUUAUUACAACGCCAUGGAUAUGGAGUUCAUGCGCCGCGUCAUCGAUGCUGUGGAGCCUAUGCACUAUCAAGGUCUUUCAUAUGGUACCGUAUUUGGUGCCUUCUACCUCACCUUGUUCCCUGAGCAGGUUGGUAGAUUUGUGUUGGAUGGUGUGGUGGAUGUCAAUUAUGCACUGAACCAUCGUAUCGACGAACGAAUAGGAGGAGAAUCAUUUGGCGAUGCCGAAGCGCUGCUGCUAUACUUCUAUGAAGAAUUUACUUCAAUUUCAUUGGCACACGUCGCUACCCAACAUCCCACCAACCACCCGUUCAAGCUGUUGGCAGCUCCAGCUUACACGCACCGAUUCUAUUCAUUGGAGGUAGACUGGACCCCACGACUCCUCUCCGAAAUGCAUACACGUUACAGUCUCGUUUCGGCCCCAUAG